UAGUCUGUAAUAAAAGAUGUCGGUAAGAGCUCCGGAUACUCCUAGCCUGUUCAGCUGAACCUCUCGGUACAGCCGUCAGCGGCUCCACGUGAAUAGUGUACCAGUAUAAAUUAUACCGGGUCUACUCGUGGUCCAGCAUUUCGAAUCUAACUUGAUCCUUCUGAACUUGAGACUUAUAGAUCUGAAUUUUCUCUGUGCACAAUCAAGAAGCACAAUGAAUCGGGAUAGUUUACAUUACGCGAUGUGGAUAGAGGCGACUCGUCGUCUUGUCGUUAGAACUGGUCUUCCUUUCACGCCUAGGAGCCGUCGCCAGAGACCCCGACCCACACCUCCACCCCACCCUAUCACGGGUAACUUCAUCUUAGAGAAGUUAUGGAAAGGAAAUUUUCAAGCAUUUUUGCAACAACAACCUCGAAAACGCAGGCGGAGAAACAAUAGAAGAAGAAAAAGGGGUCGUGGGAAGACACUUCGAAGUGUUGUAAGUGUCAAGGAAAGCCACCAAAUGGCAGAAGCCAAUCAGAAAAAGAAUGAGAAACUUAAAGAGGCUCUGGGUAUCAGUGAACAUUUUGUUGAAGGAAGUUCUUUAGAUCCACAACGUAAACAGAAAGAAGCCUUAGCAAUUGCAAAGGCCCAGAAAAAAUACACUUUGGUUCGUGAUUCUAGCAGCUCAUCUUCUCCAGAAAGGGAAAAGAAAACUAAAUCCACAGAACAAGAGGAAAAGGACGAUGAGGUAUCAUUGAUUAAGAAAAGGACACCAAAGAAACAUCACCAAGAGAGGCCAGUUUCUGCAGCAUCAAAGAAUAAACGAAAAACUUCUGAUAAAAGAAAGAAAAGCAGCAAGGAUUAUGAGAAGAAGAAGAAGCAUCAUCGGUCUUCAUCUUCAGAGUCCAGUAGUUCUUCAGCAUCUGAAUCAUCAAGUGAUAGCUCAUAUAGCAGUAGCAGUCAGUUUAGUUCUGAAAGCUCAGACCCAUCAGACAGUAGUAGCUCUGAUUCACCAAUUGGUAAACGGUACAAGCAGAAACACAAGAAAGGGGUGAAGAAGGGACAUGAAAAGAAAAAAUAUGAGGAAAAGACCAAGAAAAAAUCAAUAAAGGAACAUAAGUCUCACAGAGAAACUCAAGAAAAUUCAAAGAAACAUCUUUCUUGGCACAGUUCAUCUUGUUCAGUAUCACCAAGUCCUCACUCUCCAAAAGUUUUGCCACUCUUAAAUGUGGACAAGCACUCCCGUUCAGCUAGAAAACAUGAUAGUGUUGCAAGGAAAUCUGACAAAAAAUCUAGUUCAAAACGAGAUAGAUCCAGCUCUACAGAAAUAUCUGCCUAUCAACAAAAAAUUGAUAAAAAACGCAAAGCUUCAUUAUCAAGUUCUGAUAAAGAAGAAACUAAGAAAAACAAAAAGAAAAGAAGAAGCAAAUCUUCAUCAUCAUCAUCACCUACUGGCUCAUCUUCUGGUGAGGAAGAGCUCACCAAGAAGAAGUUAUACAAGAAACAUCACACUAAAAUAAAUGAAAGUAAAUGGGAUAUAGAUGAUAAAAUAUUAGAUUCUCGAGGAAAGGAAAAGAUUGACCGAAGGUACCCAAAGGAGAAAUCUCAAACCCCUGAAAGAGAAAAAGGUCGAGACUCUCGUUCUCUAAGUUAUUCCCCAAUCCCUAAUAGUCGAAGUUUGUACGCACGAAGUCGCACAGAGGCUGAUUCAACAUCAAAGUUGAAUGGCAAGAGAUCUAAAAUAGCCGGCAAAUAUCAUGAUGAAACCUCCCGAUCAUCCCUGCCAGAACGAGGGGAGAAAAAAACCGAUAAAAUCAAAGAAUACAACACCAAAUCGCCACAGUCUGACUACAAGUUUGAUUAUAGAAGAGAUGAGGCUCAGUACAUUUCUGCCAAGAAAGACAAAAACCCAUCUCCAAGAGCAGAUAGAAAAGAAGUUUAUACAUACAGUCGAGAUGAAAGCAGGUAUUCCAAAUCCCAGAGCAUUAGUAUAAGCUCUCCACGUAGAAAAAACAGUGGACAUGACAGUUCAUCUUCGUUGUCUUCUUCACAUUCAUCUUUACCUCAAAAAGCAAAGACGUUUUCAAAAUCUGAUUCCCAUGAAGCAGUAUCACCAACCCCGGAUUACCAAACUGCCAAAAAAAGAGGACAUUCCAGGUCAUCGUCCCGAUCUUCGAUACGAUCUAGGUCAAGGUCAGAGUCACACAAUUCUUCUGUCCACUCAAACACAAGGACACCGUCUUCUCGAAGGAACCGUAGUAACAGUACAAAGAGUUCUGUUUACCAAUCUUCAUCUCAUUCAGUAUCACGAUCUAGGUCAAGAAGUGGAAGUGAAUCCCAUCAAAGCCGAAGUUGGAGUAGGUCUAGCAGAAGAAGUUCUAGGAGCCCUUCUAUACCUAAACGACGAGGCUCGCCAAGUUUCUUGGAGAAACGACGCAUUACGAGGUCAAGAAGCAGAAGUAAAUCCAAGAGUCGUCGUCACCAUUACUCCCACUCUAGGUCUAACCGAAUGAGGAAAGCAAGAGAUAGUCCAAGAAGAAGUUUUAGCCGGCACCACUCGCAUGACCGGCAUUACUGAGACCCAAUUGAGCCCUCACAGCUAAGCAUGAACCCCACACAGGUAAUUUGUGCUUUUGUUAUACUUUUUUUUCUCUCUAAAUUUGAGCUGAUUUUUGUUCUAUUAUGCAUCUCAUCUGUUUGCUUAUCUUUGAAGGGUUGCUUGUUGCAUGGUAACUAAUUUUGUUCAUUUGGAAAAAGCACAAAUUUUAUUUGUUUUUCUGAUAUUUCUUUUUACACCCACCUGCCAGAAUAAAACUCAGCUGAAAUUAUUUAUAAUAUAAAAACUUAUCCAGUGUAUAAAGCAACCAACAAACUUCUGUAGUAGAAUAUUUCUAUAAUAUAUAUACACACACACACACAUCACCAUUAAGUAUCUUUCAUUUUCAUGUCAGUGACCAAAAGAGAGCAUUUUAACAAGUAAAGGUAAGUACACAUAAAUAUAUAGGGUUGGACAUGGUAACGCGUUAUAAUUUCUAUAUUUUAUUUAUUAAUAUGGACAAUACAGCAUUAACACCCUGUGAAAUUGGUGAAACAGUUUUUGAUUGGUUAAGUAAUGGUGGUGGUGGAAAUCUGUUUUAUAGAUUGGUUUCAAGAGCUGACCAUAGAAGCUUUGUAAUAAUUUAAUUUGGUGGCUGUAACAGUAAAGUUAGGUUCCCUCAUGCUUACUUCUAAUUACAUAUUAGUAUUAAACCUAUUAUAUUGAUGAUAUAAUGUUCUGUGGGUCAGUCUUUAACAAGAGCAGCAGUUUUGAUUGUUGUAUUGUUUUCCUGAAACAAACCAGCUUCAUUUGAGAAUAAAGUGUUCACCAUAGGAUGAUCUUGGUCUGCAAUAAAGUUUAUAGUAAACAUUUGCUGUCACAUUGAGAUUGUAGGCCCUAAACUAUUCUAACAAAAGGCUGUCCAUGCCAUGACAGAGCCUCCACCAUGCUUAACUGAUGUAAUAAGAUAUUUAUGACCUUAUGCUUCUAUUCAUUUUCACUACACAUAAGCGUGUCCAUUUCAUGGAAAAGUUGAUUCGUUUGAUCAAAUUCUUCCAUUAAUUGUUGGUCCAAUUUUCAUGUUCUCGACACCAUUUUACUCAGGUUUUUGAAUUAUUUGGUGUUAUAGGUUUCUGAAUGGUAGACUUACCAUAUUAACCAUAACAGCUGCUGAAAAACUAAGCUGAUAAUUGUGACAGACAAGCAUAAACAUGAGUAGUGAGACAAAACAGGACUACACUGUGUGUAUGUGCAGAACUUAAUAAAAGCCAACCUCUGU